GAAUGGUCGAUUGGUUAGGAAUUAUUGCAAUAAUAUUCUUUUAUAUUUUAAUUUUAAUUGUUGGAAUUUGGGCUGGUCGAAAAACAGAUGAAACAAAAAAUGUUAUAGAAGGGGGACAAACAGAAGAAGUAAUGCUUGCUGGCAGAAAUAUUGGUACACUUGUUGGAAUUUUUACUAUGACAGCAACGUGGGUAGGGGGUGCUUAUAUAAAUGGAACAGCUGAAGCCCUCUAUAAUGGUGGAAUAUUGGGGUGCCAGGCGCCCGUUGGUUAUGCUUUGUCUUUAGUUAUGGGGGGAAUAUUCUUUGCCCAUCCAAUGCGGGAACAGGGUUAUGUAACGAUGUUAGACCCUUUCCAGAUAAAAUAUGGGCAGAGAGUUGGGGGAUUGAUGUUUAUACCUGCUCUACUUGGAGAGGUUUUUUGGUCUGCUGCUAUUCUUUCUGCUUUGGGCGCCACAUUAUCAGUAAUUCUUGGAAUGGAUAUGGCAGCAUCAGUUAUUCUUUCUGCUUUUAUUGCUGUAUUUUAUACUUUUACUGGUGGCCUUUAUGCUGUGGCAUAUACAGAUGUUGUCCAAUUAUUUUGUAUAUUUAUUGGUUUGUGGGUGUGUAUUCCGGCAGCUCUUUUACAAAAGAAAACGAGUGAUUUAUCUGCAAAUCCAACUGGUUGGAUUGGGCAAAUUGGGGGGUUAAAAGAGAAAUUACUUUGGAUUGACUGUAUGUUGUUGUUAAUUUUUGGUGGAAUACCUUGGCAGGUUUAUUUCCAACGAGUACUUUCUUCCCGAACGUCUAAAGGUGCUCAAAGAUUGUCUUUUGUGGCAGGAAUUGGUUGCAUUUUAAUGGCAAUUCCUCCAGCAAUUAUUGGGGCUAUUGCGAGAAAUACUGAUUGGUCAUUAACCGAAUACUCGCCAUGGGGUAACGGAACAAAGACUGUAUCAAUCCCAGCUGACCAAACAUCACAAGUUGUUCCUCUAGUUUUUCAAUAUUUAACUCCAAAAUGGGUUGCUUUUAUUGGGUUGGGGGCUGUUUCUGCUGCCGUGAUGUCUUCAGCUGAUUCUUCCGUUUUAUCAGCUGCUUCUAUGUUUGCCCACAAUAUUUGGAAAUUAACUAUUCGUCCAAAUGCUAGUGAACGAGAAGUUAUUUAUGUAAUGAGAAUUAGUAUUAUUGCUGUUGGUAUAUUAGCAACAAUAAUGGCUUUAACAAUAAAUUCAAUUUAUGGGUUGUGGUAUUUAUGUGCUGAUUUGGUUUAUGUAAUUCUUUUUCCACAAUUAUUGUGUGUUGUUUAUUUUCAUAAAAGUAAUACUUAUGGGUGUUUAGCUGGAUAUAUUGUUGGACUUAUUCUACGACUUUCUGGAGGAGAAGCACUUUUGCAUUUUAAAGCAAUAAUUCAUUAUCCUUUUUAUGACCCUUCAACUUCAAUUCAAUACUUUCCUUUUCGAACAAUGUCAAUGCUUGCUAGUUUAUUUACAACAAUAUUUAUUUCUAAAUUUACAACAAAUGCUUUUCUUAAUGGAAAAUUACCGCCAGAAUGGGAUAUUCUUGGUUGUGUUGUUAAUUUACCUACAGAUUCUUUACGUUUACCUGACACUAGUAGUUUCAAUGCUUCAACAAUGUCAGUAAAUAGUAGUGAAUUAACUUUGCAACGUCUCUCUAAUGGAAAUACACAAAAUGGACAUUUAAAAGGUCAACAACAUUUGGCUGUUGCUUCUGUUUCUCCACUUUUACAUCCAGAUGGAAAAAUUGUUAAUAAUAAUCGUGAUUAUGCUUCUAUAAAUUAA